UUCUCUCUCCCCGCGGCCGAGGGGUGUUGCCGCGGCUGGCGGGGCGGCGCCGCGGCUGGCGCGGCCGGCAGCGGCGCGGCCCCGACGGCGGAGCAGGGCUGUGCCCCAUGGCGCUGGCGGCGGCCCGCGGGCGGGGGCUGCGCGCCCUCAGCCGCCUGCUGCCGCGGGGCCGGGUCGUGUUCGCCGCCCGCCGCUGCGCUGGUCUGAGCCCGCCCGGCGGCUACAGGGCCUGGCAGGAGCGGGCGACCCGCGACCCCGGCGGCUUCUGGUCCGAGGUGGCGCGGGGGGCGCUGCGCUGGGACAGCCCCUUCCACACAGCGUGCGAGGCCGGCCCUGCUGGCGACGGCGCCCGCUGGUUCCUCGGCGGCCGCCUCAACGUCUCCGUGAAUUGCUUGGAUGAACAUGUCCAAAAGUCUCCGGACAGAGUGGCUUUGAUUUGGGAGAGAGAUGAGCCUGGAUCUGCAGUGCAUGUUACAUACAGGGAACUUCUGGACAUGACUUGCCGUCUUGCCAACACCCUGAAGAAAUACGAGAUACAGAAAGGGGACAAGGUUGCAAUCUAUAUGUCUGUGUCUCCCUUGUCUGUGGCAGCUAUGCUGGCUUGCGCCAGGAUUGGUGCCGUUCACACUGUGGUCUUCGCUGGAUUCAGCGCAGAGUCCUUAGCCGGGAGAAUCACGGACUCUGGAUGCAAAGCAGUCAUCACCUACAACCAGGGAGUCAGGGGCGGCCGAAUCAUAGAGCUGAAGACAACUGUGGAUAAAGCUGUAAGGAACUGUCCAAGCAUCAAACAUGUCUUUGUGGCUCAGAGGACAGAGAACAAAGUCCAGAUGGGUGACUGCGAUGUUCCCCUUGAAGAAGAGAUGGCCAAGGCAGCUUCUGUGUGCACUCCAGAGAGCAUGGCCAGUGAAGACAUGCUCUUCAUGCUGUAUACUUCAGGCAGCACUGGAAAACCCAAAGGAAUUGUUCACACCCAGGCUGGAUACCUGCUGUAUGCUGCUCUCACACACAAGUAUGUGUUUGACUACCAGCAAGGUGAUGUUUUCGGCUGUGUGGCUGACAUUGGCUGGAUCACGGGACACAGCUAUGUUGUAUAUGGACCACUCUGCAACGGAGCCACCUCUGUCCUGUUUGAAAGCACCCCAGUGUACCCUGACCCAGGUCGUUACUGGGAAAUGGUACAAAGGUUGAAAAUUAAUCAAUUUUACGGAGCACCUACGGCUAUACGCUUGCUGCUGAAGUAUGGAGAUGAGUGGGUGAAGAAAUAUGACAGAUCUUCCCUAAAGACCCUGGGAUCAGUGGGAGAGCCCAUCAACAACGAAGCUUGGCAGUGGUUCUAUCAUGUGGUGGGAGACGGACGCUGCACCCUCGUUGACACGUGGUGGCAGACAGAAACUGGUGGCAUCUGCAUUGCCCCACGGCCUUCAGAGGAGAAAGCUGAGAUUGUUCCAGCUAUGGCUAUGAGACCCUUCUUUGGAAUUGUGCCCGUGCUGAUGGAUGAGAAUGGAAAGGUUAUAGAGGGCAAUGAUGUGUCUGGUGCGCUCUGCAUUGCCCAGCCAUGGCCUGGCAUGGCCAGAACCAUCUAUGGAGAUCACCAGCGAUUUGUUGAUGCCUAUUUCAAAGCCUACCCAGGUUACUACUUCACAGGAGAUGGUGCUUACAGGAAUGAGAAAGGCUAUUACCAGAUAAUGGGGCGCAUGGAUGAUGUCAUUAACAUCAGCGGACACAGGCUCGGGACGGCAGAGGUAGAAGAUGCUAUGGCUGAUCACCCGGAAGUCCCUGAGACAGCUGUGAUUGGGUAUCCACAUGAGAUCAAAGGAGAAGGUGCCUUUGCUUUCAUAGUGGUAAAGGAAGAGACAGCUCAUAAAGAUCGUAUCAAAGAAGAGCUCAAAACCAUAGUGGCUUCCAAGAUAGCAAAGUAUGCUGUGCCUGACCACAUUCUGGUGGUGAAACGCCUUCCCAAAACUCGAUCAGGGAAGAUCAUGAGAAGGCUGCUCAGGAAAGUGGUUGCUGAACAGUCAAGUGACAUGGGAGAUACCACCACACUCGAUGAUCCAAGCGUCAUCACGGAGAUACUGGAUGCUUACCAGAAAUACAAAAAGGAGAAGAGUUCUUCCUAGUGGGCAGCUCUGGAAUCUCUGUCCUCUGGAAAUAUGGAGGGUCUCAAAUAACCAGGCAAACAGCAUGUUUUUUUUCUUGCUGUUUUUUGCAAAACUCUGUUCCCUUCUAGAAGAACAAGAUCUUCUUUUGCACAACAUCACUUGAGAUGUCCUGAGCUAGGAGCAAUCUGCAGUCUUGCAUAAUCAAUUUGCUGUAACUGAGCUCCCUUUUGUUGCUUUUAGGCCUGAUGUAGAACAGCUGUUGGGGUUUCUGUUGGCUACGAUGAAAUUAAGAGUAGCUGAAGGAAAGUGAAGAUAUUAAUGUUUCUCAUUUUAAUGUUCCUGUAUAGGGAAAGGUUUUAUACAAUACUUUUGCUGUUUUAAAAGCAGCCCUGGAAUACAAUUCUUCAAUGUUUCCUUCAGUUUGGAUAUCCAAGUUCAAGUAGUUGUACUUAACUGCAACUCUGGUGCCUUUUCAGCAAUGGUGGAUAUUCCAGUAGGUAUUUCACAUGUGCUAACGGGAAAUGAGAAGGGCAUGGCUAAUCUGAUUUGGUAAUUCUCUCUUUUUGUUACCCAGUUCUUCCGAUACCUCCUUGGGCUUCCCUUGCAAGGACUUGUUUGCCCAAGAUGGUGAACCUGUGUCCUUUCCUGUCCCACCUGGGCAACCCGGUACUGGCAGUUGGAGCUACAAGACUGAGCCUUUCCCUAGAGUCCCUCCACGUCCUCAGCGCAUUGCCAGUUGCGUAGGAGGGAUCCAGUCACAAGUGUUUUUAUUCUGACUUGAGAAACUAAGAUCAUCAGCUGAGUUUUUAAAGUGACCAUGCUCUUCCCCACUGGUGAUGCCAGCUGGGUCAAUGCUGUCCCACUGUCGUUCACUUUCGCAGAUCAGGUGAGGCAACCUACAACUAGUAGGUCUCUGUUAUUGGUUGAUAGUUUAUGUAGGUGCCUUCAUUUCUUGGAGCCCCUGUGAAAAGGGGACAAUGUUUGCUUUGCUGUCUCUCAGAGGAGGUUUGAGAAACAAAUUCGUAAAGUGCUCAAGAGGGGUUUGAAGUGGAGGGAGAUUUGGAGCAGGGAGAUUCUGUCUCCCUCUUGCUGUAGUGCUGGAGAGUUCAUGGUGACGGUCUGAACUGUGUGAUUUGUGACCAAACAAUAGUUAAAGCAAUGGUUAUUUUAGCCCACUUCCAAAUGGCUUGUAGUCUUGUUUGCCCCAACAGAGACAGGCACUCUAGGGUGGAGACAGGUUGGUUCUUCUCUCAGAAGUUCUGUCUUAAUGCUAUUGUUUCAAGUUGUACUCUACCAUGUCUGUCCCUUUCAUAUGCCACCAAGCUGAUGUUCCAAAGAGCUAACUGCCACGGGAGUACCUGCAAAUCCCAUAAUCCACAGAAAACAAGGAGAAAGCAAAUCCUUUUAGGUGUCUUCUAGAAAUUGAUGGUAGUAUUCUUGACCAGCAACCUCAGGAUAACAGGGGACUGUUGUAACAAAAUAGUCCUCGUCUUUCAGAUGCUUUCAAAAUUGCAACAGAUAUAUUCAGUGUUUCAUUUCUGGAGUCUUUUGUGUUUUAUCAUGGACAAGUUUUGACUGAAGUGCUACUUAUUGUUGGGCUGUUUAAAGAAUUCAGUAGUAGGUCUCCUCUAUUAGGUCACCGAUGGUCAUGAAAAGACCUGUAGUUACUAAGUGCCUUUGAGACUUCUGCAACUCUGUCAAAUUGGAUUAAAGUUGGUUGAGGGGUUCAGAUUGGUUGGAGAGGCCACAAAGAGCAUGCCAGGAAGGCAGGGUAGCGUUAGGAGGAGGCUGAAUCCCGCAGUCUGAUACGUGCAAGGCUGCAGCAGCACCAUGCCCCCAGGUCCAGCCAGUAGCAAGGCUGAGUAUGUAUUCCUACUAGGCAUAUACACAAAAACACAUGUAUACAACACAUGUAUACAUAUAAACACGGCUGGCCACACAGAUCAACACAGACAGGCACACACAGCACCUCUCUGGCUGAUCAGGAUGAAGGUCCGUUAGUGAGAAAUAUAUACAUAUAUAUGAUGUGGAUCUCUUGAGUAGCUGGGCUUAGACAUUCAGGCUAUAUAGUAGCUGUCCCCUGGAUCCCCUGUCUCCCCAGUGGCUGGCACCUGGACAUAUGAGCCCCUGAGACUUACAGCCCCACUCCAGCUGCUGCCUCCCCUCACUCACAAGUGCAUGCAGAGAGAUACACACACAUGUUGGGAUCCCCCAGUUGUUGGGCUUUGACACUCAGUCUACCCAGUAGCUGGUCCUUGAUCCUCAUUCUUCCCAGAUGCCUCACCCCUAGACACACACACAGACACACACACACACACGCACUCAAACGGAUCUCACUUGACUCCCCUGGUCCCUCCAGGAACCAACUCCUCUUGUGCCCCUUCGAGACGUACACAUAGAUGUGGCUCCCAGGCCUACUGGCCAGCUAGUGUGGCUGGGUAUUUGCUAGCAAUCACACACCAACUUACAUACCCUCACAGACUCCAGUUACCGGCAUCACAGACACAGGUGCCUUCUGACUGUGAUCCUACUCCAGUUGCUGGCACUUAGACCUCCACACACACAUGCACACAGAAGAGAGAGAUCCUCACCCAGGAAAAUAGUUAGAAAUGGAGUUUAAAGAGAAGAUAGGCCAAACUGCACUGAUCAAGUGCAUAGCAUGGGUCAGACCAACAUACUGACCAACAACCUGUUUUACAGCUGGUGGGUCUCUUUUAUCCCCUUAUCCCUCAAUUUUCCUGUGCUCGUUCCUCCCCAAACCACAUUGAUCACUCCCUUUCCCCUGCCUUUGGUUCCUCUCCUAAACAUCCCAUAGUAAGUUCUGUGCAAUCCUGAAAUGCUCUUUCCCUCCACUCCAUAAUGUGUCCCCCUCCAAGCAGUGACUUCCCUCACUCUGUGAGGCGAUGGGGAGAGAUGCUCCUGGUGACUCACCAUGACGGGUGCCACCCCAGCCCAUGGGGCUCAGGGUAUUACUCGAAUCCCCCCACCUGUCAUUGUUCCUCUGCGCUCCUUUUUAUCACAUAACCUAACAAGUAGAGGAUUCCUCUCCUCUUCCCGGAUGUAAAAGCUCAAGGUAUACACCAGCACAGGUGUGGUACUGAUCCUGGGAGUGUGUGCCCUGAGGGCUAAGACAGAACUUCAUCUUAACCUGCCCAAGACAGGUGACUGCUAACCACUGCUCCAGCACUGUGGCUGGAGUCACUGAGUCCAGCUUUGAAGUUCUGCCUCUGUCUUAUUAUUAUCUCAGCUGAUGAUCAUUUUAGUUCCGUGGAGCUGUGUGAUUUGGCCCACGAGACCUCUGAGUAAUUGGCAGAAUAGCCAACUUUUGCUGUACUUUUACAGGGGUGGCUUACUGCUGAAUUCAGGUGGAACAGCACUGCUUUUCCAGUGGGACUGUGUACGGGAGGGACAGUCUGUAUCCCUAACUGGAGAUGGGGGAAGGAAUUGGCUAACUGACACUGAAGGAUGGGGAGGGGAGUGGUGAGGUUUUUGGCCAGCAGAGAUUCUGGUGCAGAAUGGGGAAGCAAGCUGCUCGCAGUACAAUGUACUCUCAAAGACAGGUGUGUUGUCUCAGAUCCCAGAGUUCCUGUGUAUAUGCUAGCUGCAUUUGUUGGGGUUUUUAAUUAAUUAAUUUAAAUUUUCUGGAUAAUACAGUUGAGAAGAUCACGUUUCCUUAAAAUUCCCAUCCUUCUGAUUGUAGUCCAUUCUGCUCAGAGUAAAUAGAGACCCUAUGGACCUUCGUGGGAAGUCCCAGAUCAGGAUUUGAUAGAGUUGACAGGGAGUUAAUAUUUCAGGAGACAGUCACAACAUAUAUCCUCUAUUGCCAUUACAAAAGAAAAAGCCUUCCCCCUUAAGUGAUUUUUCAAGAGGGAAGCAGCCAGGAGCUUAUGCUUUAAACAGAAAAAAUAGACUCCUUUGUUUAAACAAGUUGUCUCUGUACAAUCUGAAAAACAGUGUGGAGGAGGAAAGAUGACCUUUGAACAAGACUGCACAGUUUACUUUUAGUCAAGAGAGCAUUCGCUAUAUUAUGGUUAUAGAAUUUCCCUAUCUUGUCAACCUCAAGUUUCCCAUGCUAAGUCGUGACCCUAUAAAUGCUGUCAUGGACCAAUAGUUGAAUUCCCUUGAACUACUUGGAGACUACCAUGGGAGGAAUAAUGUGCAGCUUUGGUGUUUGCCGUACCAAGACAUUCAUCAUAUAAUUCAUCUGCUCAGGGAAAAAGGGAGAUUUGUGUGCUCCCAUGCCUGCAUCUGUGUUGCCUCAGCAUGCAUGGACUUAGGGACCAUAGCUGCCAAGGAGGUUACAGACUGGCCAUUUUACAGCAGCAGCCCAGUCAAAUUCACGGCCGUGCAGGCUACAGUGUGGACAGACUGCAGUUGCAAACAAGCCUCAAAGUGUGAACUUGUGAAGCCUCUCAAGCACCUCUGCUAAAAUUGCCUGUCACCAGCAUGUGCAAGGGUGCCACGUGGCAUCCAGACAACAUGAUGGCCACGCUCUGUUUCUUCCUUGUGAGUUUCCUGAGCUGAGGUGUGGUCCUGGGGGUGCCCACCAGCUUGGAGCCCUCCCAGGGUGUUCAGGGAGAGCACAUUGUCUCUGCUGGAGCACUGCUGUGGUGCCUGUGUGGCAUUCUGCAGUGCAUGGCUCCUGCUGGGCAGACUCAGCCCCCAGCUUGCCUUGUAAAAUGGCACUUUUGUGAGUGUGGCUGCAUCGGUCAGUUCCUCUAAUAGCACCCUGCUGCUGGUGAAAACAGAGCUAGACAGAGGCUUGGAACUGGCACUUCUCGCUAAAAGAAAAGUAUUGCGCUUUACUGCAUAGGAUGCUCAUAGAAGACUUUGCCAGACAUCAAAUUUUCCAGAGAAAAUCUGCCUCAGAACUCUCCCUUUCUUCUUUUUCCCUGUGACCUCUGCUAACUGCAGUGGUUGCAUCUUCAGUGUGAGCCUGAGGUGAAUUUUCUCCAGGGCGUCAUAAUCAUCAGCACUGCUGCAUGUGACAGUGCUUUCUGCUUUGCGUGUAACUGUCUCAUGUUCCCCCAGGCUUAGAGGAUUGGGAAAGGGUCACUCAGAGAGUGGUUCAGCCUGCAGGAUUGGGACUGAUGGUCUUAGUUCUUAAAAUGCUCGGGAGGAGGUAGUUUGUAAAAGACCCUGGGCCUGCUGCCUUUUGAGCUGAUCUUCACUAAUCAGUGAGGAAGAUAAAAGAUAUAUGGAAGAGUUUACAGUGGCAUUGUGGAACAAAUUUGGGGAUAGUUGCUUCAAUCUGAAAAGCAGAUCUGUUGGACUAUUCUAAACCUUUUUGUGUCCAAGAUUAAUGUGUGGAUAAUUUGCCAGAUUGCAUUUGUAGCUUCAUCAAAAGAGAUCCAUAGUUGGUUUUACAUGCUGCAAUUUGUUAUAAAGGGCAAACAGAAAUCCUUAGUAAGGGAAGCAAUUUCUGCCAGGGAUGACGGUGUGUCUAUUGUGGCAGAAUCUAGUUGUUAUAAAACCUUACCAUGCCUCUGCAAUCUGCACUUGUUUUGUUCUCCCACUUGGUUGUGCUGGGGAGACCAGAUCAUGGUGCCUUUUCUUCCACUGGAGACACAGACCUUGAUUUUCUUAAUUUUAGGAAAGGAAAGUCCCUCUUUGUAGAGAUGAGGGUUGUGUUGUACGCAUUAAUGCUAAGCAUUUAAUUUCAUUUUGCUUUCUUGUAAUCAUGCUUUAAACACUUUUAUUGUCCUUUACCAAAAUCAGUUUCUUCAAUGAUUUGUGUAUUCAGAUUUUCAUUAAAAGAAAUCUCUUUCUCUGUG